AUGGUUCGUUUCCGCUUUUCUGCACUGGCGAAUCGUCUUCUUCCAGUGCAUGAAUCCGCUUUACCAGAGAUUGCAUUAUCACAAGCAGUCAGUGUGCCGCCUAAAAUACUUCGUGAAUGUGAUGUAGCCAAUGUAAAGUGGAGUGUCGGUUUUAGCGGAGAAGGGAAUCAACAAGUUGGUUCAUUGCAUACAAGUACGAAAGCUUCUUCUGUUCCCGAAGUAAGGAUGGGUGGAGGAGCUAUUGGCGGUGAAACUGUUGGAAAGAAACCACCUCCUGUUCUUGAAUGGAAUCCGCUUGUUCAUACCGAUUGGCAGCUUGGCGUUGGAGGACGCUUGUUGCCAAAGCUACCACCAGGGACGAAAGUGGGGAAGCUUGUGAUGGGAAAAUAUGGUCUUUAUAAACCAGGAUUGCAUGAAAUAUCUCAGGAGUUCUUUAUCAACACUGAAUUGAAAGGUAUGGCACCGGAAAAUGCACUGCCUUUAUCUGCUCUCCUUACCAAGAUUGCUAAGAUCCUGAUGCUAGUACCAAUAACAUUAGUCCUUCUCAAUAUGCCGACAUUAUAUGCGCAGAAGCCAGUGGGUAUUAAUGCCGGAUACAUACCGCCGGGCCGAAACUAA